GCUUUAGUCAAAAUACAAUAAAAGCAAGAACUAAAAACUAAAAUUAUGUGGGCAGAACUAAUGGUCUUAUAGGCUCUGCACACUGAGCCCAUCCCGGGGGAAUGGUGGGAUUUUUUGACAGAUGUGAAACUCCGAUUCACACUGCCACCAUCCACCAUCCGUCAAAAACAGCUGAUGCCAAUAACAAGUUCAUUAAAUUUGCGCGGAAGAUUUAUUAAUUCUUGGUUCUUAUAAUGGAUGAUGAAGAUAUAGCAAUUAUUUCGGCUGUGGUUCAACAGCAAAAUAUUUUCUUGCACCAACUAAUAAUGUUGCUGUCAAUGAAUAAUGAUGAUGACGAUGAUGACUUUAACAUUGACGAGGAUGAGAUGACUCAGAUGACUGCCAUAAAAACACAAAAGCCAGGAAGAUUAUGGUCGUUUAAGCGGUUCGGGACAUUUUGGGAGAAAGAUGUACCAGAAAACAACGAGGCGUUUUUCAAAGAGAGUUUCCGAAUGGAGAGGCCCUGCUUUGACAUUUUAGUGAAUCGGCUUGAAGUGCUGGGAAAGAAGGACACCAACUGCCGAGCUGCAAUUCCUUUGGAAAAGCGCAUCGCCAUUGCGCUAUACACUUUGGGCUCGUCCUCUGAGUACCGAACAGUUGGCAGGCUUUUCGGUGUAGCUCCAAACAGUGUGUGUAAUAUCCUGCACGAGUUUUGCAGAGCACUUAUCGACGAGUUUUCGAAGGAGUACAUGUCGCCCAAUUACCUAACUUCCGACAAAAUUGAUGAGUGCGUAAAGGGAUUCGAGGCAAUUGGGUUUCCUCAGUGCCUAGGUGCAAUUGAUGGAUGCCACAUCGAAAUAAAACCACCAGCACCUGAGGCAGUAGACCACCAUAACUAUAAGGGCUGGUAUUCCACAGUCUUGUUUGCCCUAGUGGAUUAUAGAUACAGAUUUACAUAUGUAAAUAUCGGCUCUGCAGGAAGGGGCAAUGACUCUAUGAUAUACCAGAAGUCAAGCCUUGCAAAACAUAUCGAAGCAUCGGCAUUACUCCAAGAGAAAGCCAAGGAAAUAAGCGGAGUAAACGUCCCUGUAAUGCUUAUCGGGGACUCGGCAUUUAGGUUUUCUAAAAAGCUGAUGAAACCUUACCCGUUUUCCACAGUCGCCUCUUUGGAACAGCGCACGUUUAACUACAACCUUUCCAAAGCUAGGCGAGUGGUGGAAAAUGCAUUUGGGCAUUUAAAAGCCAGAUUUCGAAUAAUCGGAAAAGAACCACAAAAAUAAUAGCUCCAUAAUAAUGAGCUGUUGUAUUUUGCUGACUUUAAUCAGUCAGCAGAACAGAUACGAUCUGCAAUCGCAAAAUAUUGUGUAGACCGUAAUGAAAAUUAAAAACUUAUUUAUUUUUAUUUUUUAAAACUUCUAAUAAGUCGUUCUGGAAUUUUGUUUGGGUGCUGAUCAAGUCCUGCACCAUCUUCUCCUGCCUAACGUCGUGCUCCUCCUUCUUUCUGUGGUGGUCCUUUUGUUGUUCGAGAGGCUCCUGGGCGAUCUCUGCCAGCCACGAAAUGUCGGUCUUUUUCUUUUUCUUUGGCGGACGCCCAGACAAGGUGCUGGAGCUACAAGAU